AUGACAGUAUUCUUACAGCUCCGCGAGAAAAUCACCAACAAAAAAUACAAAUCUUGGUACCGCAACAAUUUGGUCGUCGCUUCGUUCUUUGGCGCGACUUCCGUGAUAAAUGUGGACGUGUUAACGAUCACCUAUUCGCAGCUGUUGGAUAUCAAUGCGUUCAAGGCGUCUUGUUCGCCUGAGAUGGGAAGAAAGAUUUUUUACAUGAAUUGGUUUAAUUUGUUUGUGCAGGAUUUGCCGCAGCUUGUUAUUUUGAUUUUAUAUCAUAAAAAUGUAGUUGUGAUGAACUUUGUUCCUUUCUUUGCGUUAGUCACAUCAGGAAUAAUGGUCUUGA